AUGUCGAAAUCAUUUAGAGUCCUUAGCUGCAAUAUUCUUGGGUCAUUUUCUAUUAUUCAUGUUGUUGAUUUAAAUGAUCAUGAUUACAAAAAACUUUGCUACGAGCUAAAUACCACUGGCAAUUGCACAACCUGCAAAAUAAAAAUUGAUAAGGAAGACGGAUUAAUUAUACUUGAUUCAUCCAAAACCGUAUGGUCAUCUGAACUGCAUCAUCAAGUAGUGAAUCUAAUUGUUUCAUUUACGCCUGAAAAGGUCGAGCUCGUUAAUAUCCUGUUUCAAAAUAAAGAGACAGAUGAUUUAGAGAACGUGUACUUUUACUAUGGAGAGGAAGGUUUCACAAAAAUUGAUGAGAGUGUGUAUCAUUAUAUGUCAUCAGUUUUAAGUGAAGAUGCCCGAUCCUUCGAUGUGAAUGCUCAGUAUGGUGACUGGUUUGUAACAACAAACGGAGACGAUCACAGAAUCCACAGGAUUAAACAAAGCAUCCGAGUGAACAAGGUUGUUGAUAAAUCCACCGUGAUCUGGAAGAAUGAAAUGAUGUACACUGUGACGAGUGUAAAGGUAAAGUUUAACGAAGAUGAAGAGGCUGACUAUUGUGAGAUUUUCUGUUGUGAUAAGAGCCUACAGCUCAGAUACUGCUACUUAAAAGACGACUUUGGCUGGCAUCAUAUUAACACCUAUAACUAUCCUGUAGUUACCUCUAGAAUUAAACCAAAACGUAAAGAGCAGUUUGAGCAAGUUGCACUCAAAAACAGUCCAACACACGUUAUGGUCGAAACGGGUGACCAAGAAAGCGACGAGGUCCAAGACAUCAUUAAACGUUACAAGUCUUCAGUUCUUCUUAUAUCUUUGAAAAAAACUUCUGAAUCUCUAAUUCCAAGGAACACAGACCUAGCCGAAUACGUUAUUUGCGGAAUGAAUUCCAAAGUCUACAGCACCUACAAAACCAGAGUUUCUCACGUCACCGACGGCAAUGUUAUACUCUGGAAAAGGGGCGAGAACGAAAUUUUACACAAAGUCACCAUGUACGAAAGCCAUGACAAACGACACAUACUCGUAGAACUAGAAAUCUUGGUACUAACGCCCUUCCCGAUGAAAACGGUGGAGGGCCUAAAGGCUAAACAUAGGUACAACCACAGCUAUUUCGACUACACUCACUUCAUAAUGACUGGAACCAAAUGGGAGGAAUGCGGCAGAACCUACUUCAUUCUUUUUAUGCAGAACCUUGUGAGGAUGUACAUGGCCAAAAACCCGAAUCUCACUUUCGACGGGUCUUUUGCCAACUUUUUCGAGUCGGUCUAUUUGCCGCCCAAAGAAGUCAAAAUUAAGAAAAGGGUUCGCCGAGACUCCUUCAGAAACCUCGUUAACGAUGUCAUUGAAAAAUUAUUUGUAGAUUUCAUUCCCGUUUGCUACGAUUUAAAGGAUUAUCCCUUUAACAUCUUCAACGUCAGACAACAUUAUUUUUCAUCAAGCUUUCUGAAGUACGAAGUCAAAAACCCAUACGUGGUCUACAGGAUUAUUGACAAUGAUCAGGUAGUCUGGAACCAGACAGAAAACGGACUGGGGUGUAGGCAAAUGUUUUACUUUUCUAUCGAGGACGAGGCGUUUCUCCACUUGACAAUCGAUGCCAAAAUUGACACAGAUAAGUAUUAUCACAACAGGAAGGGGUAUUGGCACGAGGUUGAGGAGGAGGAGCACAUAAGCCUCAUAAACAUGAAGGCCAAAGAGUUCAUCGGGAACAGAUUUUUAUACUCUGACAACACCUACGUUGUAGUCGAGGGUGACGAAGAGGAAGAACUAACAGUAAACCAUGAGGAGGAGGACGAUGAGUAUCACACUUACGAGCUUGUUGGUGCAGCAAAAUUCUAA